UAUAAAACCAAUUCCUGUAGCGCAUUUGAAGCCUUACGCUACCAACUCCUAGUUCCGAUUAUCGGUUUAUCUUAAUCUUGUGCUUGUAUUGUUUCAGAUUGUAACCGAUUGCUUUCUCUAUUAAAAGUAAGUGCAUUAUAUGUGCUUUCUGAGUCGUUGACUCACUUUUUAUCCUCCAGAUAACCUCAUACUCUCCCAGCAUACAAAUUACCUUCAGGCUAAACGCAUACUUACCAGAAGCCGAAGUUACAUCUUUGAAAUGUACUGUUGAUGAUCACUUGCCUUCUUUAAACUGAUUAAUUCGUGUUAACAAUCAUUUCCAGGUCAUAUAAAAUCAGUGUGACAUACCUAGUGAUUUUUGAUGGCUGACCAGAAUGAAGUCCAACUUCAAGAUGGGGUUGGAGAACCGCAUCAGUCAGAUACUUUCGAAAUAGAUGAGGUUGAUAUACCUAACGUAGAUGACGAAGAGAUCUAUCUUGAACAUUGCCGAAUCAAAUGUGUUAGCAAAUUAGAACGGUUUCCAAAUGUCCGCUUAUUAUGUCUUCGGAAUAACUUAUUGAAAAAGUUAGAAAAUUUUGAGCCCGUUUCUCAAACCCUUGAAGAACUGGAUGUUUAUGAUAACCAAAUCACUAAGAUUGAAAAUUUAGAAUGCCUCACAAAAUUGACUAAUCUGGAUUUGAGCUUUAAUCGGAUCAAAUAUAUCGAAAACUUAGAAAAUCUAAAUAAUCUCCGGAAACUGUUUUUUGUAAACAAUCAUAUUUCGAAAAUUGAAAAUUUAAGCAAUUCGCGGGACCUAGAAAUGUUAGAACUUGGCUCUAACAAAAUAAGGAAGUUAGAAAAUUUGGAGGAAUUAAAAAAAUUAACUCAACUGUAUUGUGGUAAAAACAAAAUCACAGCAAUAGAAAACUUGGAUAACUUGACUAAUUUAACCAUUCUUAGCAUCCAAGGUAAUAGACUAACCAAAAUAAGUGGACUAACCAGUCUUGUUAAUCUGGAGCAACUAUAUUUGAGCGAGAAUGGGAUAACAGAGAUUGAAGGGCUUGAAACACUAUCGAAGUUACAGAUUUUAGACUUAGCGUACAACUUCAUCUCACAAAUUCAGAACAUGUCUCAUCUAGAGAAUUUAGAAGAAUUUUGGUUUAAUGACAACAAGAUAUCUGACUGGGAGCAGCCGGCAAAGUUGAGUGUACUAAAAAAGCUGCGAACAUUAUAUAUGGAGCGCAAUCCAAUCUAUUUUCUAAACACGGACCGUACAAAACAUGAUCCUAAUUACCGUCGAAAACUGCUAUUAACCCUUCCAAAUCUUCAACAACUGGAUGCAAACCUUACGGGGGUUGGCAUCUGAUCAAAUUUUUACCGUAUUGAUUGAUAUUUCAAAUUUCUCUCGCAGCUUCAAAUCUUUUGUUUUUAAGCUUUGUAGAAAAUCAUGAUGCAUUUCAAUGUAAUCUUAACCAACC